UUGGCAAGAGUCGCACGGUUUUUCGUGUUUUGUUUCGCGUCUUGCCGAUUUCGCACCAUAACUUUGCGAAGUAAAUCCACGUCUGUUUUUCAAAGAAGUUAAGUUAAUAACAAUCAGCUAAAAUUAACGAUUGAUAAUAUAAAAUUUUACCAGUGUAUGUGAAUUUGAAGCCUCUUUGGAUUGUUAUGAUUUUAUUAUUUUUUAUUGAAGUUGUGCGGAAACCUUAGUAUUAAUAUAGUGGUGCUUCGGAAAACGGGCAUCUGCUGGGCGGGACACGUGGUAGAUUACGUAGCUUUCACGCAAUUCCGAGAAGAACAGUGCGACUGAGCACGGUGGGGAUUUAUUCGAUACAACCAUCCUUUCUAAGCGUGAUAAGACGAUAAUGUACCAACGAUGAGUAAAUGAUGUGCCUUCGAGUAGACACGUUACUAAAUCACAGUAAUUGCAAUGACUUCAGUGAGCAAUGUGACAAACGCAACUCUCAAUGUAUCCGAGAAUGUGGACCCAACGCUCAUUUUCGGACCUCAGCGGGAUUCUAUGUUAAUUGUCGUACCUAUCACGGUAAUAUACAGCCUCAUAUUCGCAACAGGACUGUUUGGAAAUAUAUUCACAUGUCUCGUUAUUAUACGAAACAAAAACAUGCACACAGCAACAAAUUAUUAUCUGUUCAGUUUAGCAAUAUCCGACUUGCUUCUUCUAGUAAGUGGUAUGCCUCAAGAGAUGUAUUCGAUAUGGUCCAAGUGGCCAUAUGUAUUCGGGCAUACUUUCUGUGUGUUGAGAGGAUUGGCCGCAGAGACUUCUACUAAUGCGAGUAUUUUAACAAUAACGUUAUUUACCAUAGAGAGGUACUUAGCGAUUUGCCAUCCGUUUGUUUCCCACAAGAUGUCCAAAUUGUCACGCGCAAUCAAGCAUGUAAUAUUAUUGUGGAUAGCGUCUCUAGGACUGGCGUUGCCACAAGCGCUUCAAUUCGGUAUCAGAGUUCACAAAGGCGUCACUAUGUGUCUACAAACAAGAGUCAUAAUUGAACAUUCCUUUGAAUUAUCAACAUUUUUCUUGUUUUUUGCGCCUAUGAUUGUUAUCACCGCCCUUUACUCACUAAUUGGACUGCGACUCAAUAAACCCACUGUACCCAAAGAAAACGGGGCGGCUAAAGAUACAACAAAAAACAAAAGAGUCAUACACAAAAUACAAAGGAAAAAUAGUACACAAUCAACGAAAAGAGUCGUAAAAAUGCUAGUUGCUGUUGUAGUGGCUUUCUUUAUAUGUUGGGCGCCAUUCCACGCACAGAGGCUUGUAGCAAUUUAUGGCACGGCUGAAAACCAUUUAGCUAAAUCCCCUUUACUUCUCUCAGCAUACUACUUCCUGACAUACACGUCAGGAAUUUUCUACUACUUGUCAACGUGCAUUAAUCCCAUAUUUUAUCAUAUUAUGUCAAACAAAUUCCGAGAAGCGUUCAAGGUAACAAUGAUGCAGUUGUGCUGCAGAGAAUCGAAUAAGCCAGUCACAAAACGAUGUUCCUACACAGCUGUAUCUUUUUCCAGACAUCCCACUUCCAGUUUUAUGAACUCCGGUUCAUUCAAAAACCAAACAAUAAACAAGAAAGGGAUGAAGUCUGAAAGCCGCCCCAAAGAAAAUGUACCCAGUUCUCGCGUUUUCAAAGUGUGUGAGAAAUGUAAAAGAACAUUUUCUGCGCCAUCAAUAAUUGAAUUAAAAAGUUGUAAUCAUAAAUCUGAGCUCGAUACCAAAAUUUAAAAUGAUAUAAACAACAAUAGAAAAUAAACGAAACACAAAACCAUUAUUGCACAGAUCAAAAACUCGGCACCUUAAUUAUCUGUGGAAAAGGAUGUAAACUUUGUACCCUCGAGUGUGAUAUUUUGUUGAACAAUAUUACUAUGUAAAAGUUUAUUAUUUAUUAAAUAUGUCUAAACGAUAAUAUUUUAUUACAUUAUACAAAGUUAUUACUUAUUAAGUAUGUAAUAUUUAUAAUUUAAGAUUAAAUAAUUUUUUUUUUUAGAAUAUGUAUGACGCGAACGACUGAUUUAAAUUAUAUUUAAUGCAUUAAUAUACGUAUACUUACGUAAUUUGACAAAUUAUAUUAAUUUGUAAUUAAAUGAGGUUUGAUAUAUUAUGCUCCUGUUUUUCUCUCUCUUAUCAAUAGUUUUUAUUGUAUUUAGUAAAAUAAAGAUUUCUAUAGAUAGACAAUAGCCAAUAUGACAGUUAGCGAGUCAUUAAAUAUAUUAAAUUAUGAAUAAUUCAUAGCAAUUUUUGUUUAUUUAAACAUUUCAGUUUACAUGAAAAAAUCGAGUUAUUUAAUAAUGUAUGAAUUUGAAUGUAUAUACUUAUCGUUUCAUAUUUUAUUUUGUUGGAAUCUUACAUGUUUACGAAUUUGUACUCCUACAAAAAUUUUAUGCGCAAAUUAUGCUGCAAGAAUAAUUUUGUAAA